AAGUUCAUAAUAGUUGCUAAUUAUGCUCUAGAUGAACCCGCACUAUUGUUUAGUUAUACUGUCAACGUUUGCAUGUCAUAAGCUUCUUCUUUUUCAAGCUUAUCUUUCAACUUGUUGGCUUUUAUUCUUCUAUAGAAUAUGGUGCUUUAUUUUUAGGGCUGAUAGUUGGUUUGGAUUGGAAUUAUCUCCUAAGAGCCUUGCUUCUAAAGCUUAGAAUGAAAUAGUCCAAUGCUAAAAGAGUGCCCAACUGCCAAGAAUUUAGUAUGGCCCAUGUUUUUAAAAACAUAGAAAAAAAAACCCUAUUACUGCGUUUUUAAAAAUGCAUCUAUAGACAAAAACCAUAUAUAAGGCUUUAGCCGCAUUUCUUAAAUGCAGCCCAAACAUGGUCUAUAGGCGUGUUUUUAAAAACCCAGCUAUAGGUCUCAGCCAUAGCCGCGUUUUAAAAAACGUGGCUAUAGACCCACAGGAGCUAUAGUCACGGAGUUUAGGCCGCGUGUGUAAGCAUGGCUAUAGAAAACGCGGCUAUAGACCAAAUGGGCCUAUAGCCACGUUUUUUGGGUCUAUAGCCGCGUUUUAGAAAUGUGGCUCUAGGCCUCGUUUUUUUGUAGUGUGAUUUUAGCUUCAAAUUUCAAAUCUUUCCCCAGCUAACUUCUUCCACUAAAUCUUUAUUUUUUGGUUUGGUACUUUAGUUUGAUUUGCUCCCAUCGACUUCUUCCAAGUCUCCUCCUUCAGAUUUCUUCCACUAAAGUCUCCUCCUUUAGAGAUAUUAAAUUUCUUCCUCUCUCAAAAAAAGUGUCUUCUCAUUAUUGUUUAGUAUCAGAUCAAAGAAAAUAAGGGGAAAAUCCAUGGACCAAAAAUUCUUACUCGAUUCAAGGAAAUCAUGGUCCACCGUGAAUCCCUAUUCAGCCACCAUGCCUCGCUGUCUUCUUCAUCACUCUCUUAGGCUGGUUCUUUCUUAAAGUUUCUAUUAUGGGUUUUCAUGUGGGUGAAAACCAAUUUGCCUCCUCACAUGGUGGCUAGAAUGAAUGUGUGGUGUGGUUGUGAAGGGAUCUUACCAAAAAUUUGUUGAGUUUCAGCCAAAAUUUUUGUUUGGAAUUUGUUUGUUUCUUGGGAAAAUGAGGAUGAAAGCGUUUGAAGCAUCUGGCUUUUCUCGCAGGGAAAGGAUAAGUGGAAAAAGAACGAUAAAAAUAGACAGUGUUAUUACUUCAAACGUUGUUUGUUCAGUUGUCCAUUUUAUACAUAUGGUUCAAAUUUAAAGAGGAAACUUAACGAAAAGUACCAGAAGUAUUAUACUUAAGUUUUGUCCAUAUAGUUAAAUUAUUAUUUUGGUACAAAUUCUAUUAUAAUCCCCCAUAUCGCUUACUUUCUCUCUCCCGUAGCGCUCAAACAAUUGUACUUUCCUUUUCUAUUUCAUCUCUACUUUUAUUAAUGUUAAAACUACCUUAUUAAAAAAUGCAAAAUACCUCCCAACUCACUCCAUUCAUAUCUCUCAUUCUCCGCUCCAAAAAAAUGAUGUGACAGAAAUGGGUCACUCUUGAUUUGACCUCACCCCAUCCGGUUGCAACUCUACUAAUAAUUUAUCAGCUCAACAAAUUUUGAAGAAAAAAAAUAUAUUACAAAAAUAGGGGGAGGUUUUGGUGGACUUGGGCUUCUAUGAGGCACUGUUUGAGUUCGGUUAAAGAAAAAUGUUAACAAAGUCCAUAUCAUUUGUAUAGACUCUAGAUAUCCCAAACGCCCAAACUCCAUGCCAUUUCCCAAGAUUAUGCACAAUCGAAGGCCCAACUUAGGCACACCCCGUCCCCAUUGAAGAAUCCAGACCUAUAGUCUCCACCAAAUUAUCGCAACCCUUCUCGAUCUCUCUCCUACUCUCUCUCCCAAUUUGAUCCAAAAUUUUCCCGCCACUCCAGAUCCUCACAGACACACACUCUUAUCUCUCUCUUACAUACACACACCGCUCUCUAUAGUUUAUGUAAUGAAUAACAGAAAAGGAAAAAAACCUGAUAGUAAUAGUAAUAGAUAGACUUGUUAGUUAGCAAAUGAACACUCACACACUCGCACUCAGUCUCAGUCUCAGUCUCACACAGAAAAAAGUCAGUGAGUAAUGGAAUCAGAGAAACGAAUCCUGAGAGUUAGAAAAAAAAUUAGAAAACCACUCUCUGACUCUACCAAUCUCACCACCACUACCACCGCACCCAAUAAUCUCUCAUCCGCUUUUAAAAAAUUGCUCCCCUCAACUAACUCUACCACCACCAAUUCCGAUGCCAUAAGCUCCGCUCCUCCUCCUCCUCCGCCGCCGCCGCCGCAGACGAAUCUCGCUUCUUCGCCGGCAAGGCUGCUCAAGUCUUCGUCCCCCCACGGUGCUGGUGUUGAUUCUGAGGUUUCUGAGUCUGGUUCGGUUUACAGUAGAAGAAACAUUGCAAAUAAACGAAAGGGUAAAGGGAAGGAAACUGCUGAGCCUUUGAGUUGCCCUCCUGCGGUUAAAAUCGGGAAUGUUUGGAACAAGAUAAACAAAGAUGGAGAAAAGAGUCUAUCAAAGGCUUGUACAGAACCUCCUAAAAAGAGGCAACAUCGUGUAAAUGUUUCAGAUUACGCCUUGCCGGAUGAAUUCGUAAAACAGCAGAGGGAUUACUUUGCAGAGAUUGAUGCAUUCGAGAUGGAAGAAGAGGAGGUUGAGUCACUGGAUCAGUUAGAGUAGAUGGAUGAGAGCUAUGGCUGAUCAUUUCAGAGGAGUAUUCAAGGCAAUCUAACCCCUUAACAUUCCCUGUAUAUAUAGGAUACCUUUGACAAAUUCUGGUGCAAUUACCAUCCUGUUCCCAAUUUUAUCCAUGUAACCAUGUACGUGCUAGUGCUAGAUAUCUUUCUUGAAUACUCUAAUGUACUGGAUUAUCAUAUUCUUUUAGUACUUGACGGUAGAGAUUUUUUUUUCCCCUUAAAUCAGAGAAAACUACAGUGGUAGGUAGUAUUUUUGUGAUA